AUGAGGCAUCUCGCCGCAGGGUCCUUUCUCUCACUCCUGAGGGUGCUGCUCCUGCCUCUGGCACCGGCCCCAGCCCAGGACUCCGCCUCGACCUCCACGCCGGGCAGCCCCCUGUCCCCCACGGAGUAUGAGCGCUUCUUCGCACUGCUGACCCCUACCUGGAAGGCGGAGACCACCUGCAGGCUCCGUGCCACCCACGGCUGCCGGAACCCCACCCUCGUCCAGCUAGACCAGUAUGAAAACCACGGCCUGGUGCCGGACGGCGCAGUCUGCUCCGACCUCCCUUACGCCUCCUGGUUUGAGUCCUUCUGCCAGUUCACCCAGUACCGUUGUUCCAACCAUGUCUACUACGCCAAGAGGGUCCGGUGCUCCCAGCCAGUCUCCAUCCUCUCACCCAACACCCUCAAGGAGGUGGAUAGUUCACCCGAAGUGCUGCCACCCACCACGGCUACCUCCCCCAUGUCCUCCCACAUCACAGCCACCGAACGACAGGUCUUCCAGCCCUGGCCUGAGCGGCUGAACAGCAAUGUGGAGGAGCUGCUCCAGUCCUCCUUGUCCUUAGGCGGCCAGGAGCAAGGGCAGGAGCGCAAACAGCAGCAGGGGCAGGAGCACAAGCAGGAGCAGGGGCAGGAGCACAAGCAGGAGGAAGGGCAGGAGCAAGAGGAGCAGGAGGAGGAGCAGGAGGAGGAGAAGCAGGAGGAGAAGCAGGAGGAGAAGCAGGAGGAGAAGCAGGAGGAAGGCCAGGGCACAGAGGAGGCUCUGGAUUCAGCGUCUAGGCUACAGGCAGACCCAGAGCCCAAGUUUCGGUCUGAACUUGUGUCCUCCAACCCUUUCUCCUUCACUCCCCGGGUGCGGGAAGUGGAGUCUACUCCCAUGUUGAUGGAGAACCUCCAGGAGCUUAUCCGAUCGGCGCAGGAGAUGGAUGAAAUGAAUGACAUGUAUGACGGGGAGACCAUCUGGAGAUCCCAGAGCCCUGGCAGCCUGCUACAGCUGCCCCAUGUGGAGGCCUUGCUGACCCUGUGCUACUCGAUUGUGGAGAACACCUGCGUCAUAACCCCGACAGCCAAGGCCUGGCAGUACUUGGAAAAUGAGAUCCUUGGUUUUGGGAUAUCGGUCUGUGACAGCCUGGGGCGGCGACACGUAGCCGCGUGUACCCUCUGUGACUUCUGCUCGCUGAAGCUGGAGCAAUGCCACUCGGAGGCCAACCUGCAGCGACAGCAGUGUGACAGCUCCCACAAAACACCCUUUGUCAGCCCCCUGCUUGCCUCCCAGAGCAUGACCAUCGGCACCCAGAUAGGGAGCCGGAAAUCGGGCCGCUUUUACGGGCUGGACUUGUACGGCGGGCUGCGCAUGGACUUCUGGUGUGCCCGGCUGGCCACUAAGGGCUGCGAAGACAACCGAGUGGCCAGCUGGCUCCAGACUGAGUUCCUGAGCUUCCAGGAUGGAGACUUCCCCACCAGGAUCUGUGACACGGAAUAUGUGCAGUACCCCAACUACUGUGCCUUCAAAAGCCAGCAGUGUAUGAUGAGAAACAGGGACCGGAAGGUGUCCCGCAUGAGAUGUCUGCAGAAUGAGACGUACACCGUCCUGACUCCGGACAAGAGCGAGGACCUUGUGCUUCGAUGGAGCCAGGAGUUUAGCACCUUGACUCUUGGCCAAGCUGGAUGA